CUCACGAACUGAUAGACCCUUCAUCAUGGAUGUAAUUAAUUCCUCCCGGCGAUCUUCAGUAGACUCAGUUUCGAGUGGUAAAACUCUGUCCUUCCGUUCGAAGGGAAAACGUAUUUCAAAGGACAAGAUUUGGGAAGAAAUGGACCGGAAGUAUAACCUUACGAAACGGAAGCAUGCGGCUGUAAACAAAUUCAAACAAAUCAACAAAGUAGCUAGAACAAACCUAGACAGCCAGCUCAAUUCUAUGAAAACAAGCUUUGCUAAAAGAGAGAGACAAAUGGUGAAGGAGAGGCGUGCCAUAGAGCAAGAACUAACGUUGAUCAAAGUUGACCGGAAGUUACCACCAAUUCAAAAUCAGGAUCCGGUAAGUGAUGAACCACAGACGCCGAUUUCUCAAUCGGAAUCAGAAGAGUUAGUAAUUCCUGUGUUAAAAUGUGAUGAGUGUAGAUUCGGAAUAUCAAAAACAAGGUGUACAAACUUUCCAUGUUUUUUGCCAAAAACCUACACAAGUAUUGGCUACCAGAUGACGUCACGAUCCUACUCGUCACUCCCUAACUACCAAGAGAUGCUGGGUUACAGUCAGGGACUUCGUCCACCUACUCGCGUAAAACAGGAACGUAGGUCUUUUGAAACCGAACAAGAAGUUACAAACAAACACAAAACCCCGCGUGUGUCUGUUGAGGAUCGCGAGAGAGGUCUCCGCCAACUUGUUAAGGAGAUGAGAGAAAGGAAUGAGAAGAACAAGCCACGUGAUUGGGCUAUAAACUAUGGACAACCUCUCCCACGCCGGACAAUCCUCAAACCUAUAAUGUUCUCCUCCAGCCUCGUGGUGUAG